CUAAAUUGCGCCGUACUUUAUCCCAUCCCAUAAAACAUUAUAAGACAUCGAAGUCCCAAUUAACAUCGGAUCCAUCAACAUUGACAAGGAAGCUCGAAACCUUUCGAUAUCUAAAGGAUACGGAGGCGGCGAAUUUGCGAAUCUGAAAAACAUCGAGUCAUGGCAAAGAGGCUCCUGUUCAGCGGCGAAUUUCAGAACGGAGCUUUCUAAUUAAAAAAAACUACAGCAGAAUUUAAAGAGAAGCUGUCAAACAGCUGUUAAUCCUGGAGCAGGUGAAGGCAUGAGUGCUGCUGAUCUAGGCCUAUUGUUGAGGGGGGAGGGUGGUAAUGAAGACGUAUUGUUGGAAAUACUAGCUAGACUACCAAAUAGUCGAAAUGCAAUUCAUGGAGGCUUGGUGUGUCACCUUUGGCAUUCCCUCAUCUCUCAGCAGCAGUUUAUUCCCAGGUUUAUAGGCCUCCAGGAACAAAAGAAGAAAGAGCAGCCUUAUUCCAUCAUAUUCCGCAUGGUAGAUGUUUUUGAGCGAGCUCCAGAUGAGUAUUAUCGGCCCAUCUGCAAUCUAUUUUCGGAAGAAUCCAUGGUUCUCCACGGGGGAGAGACAGUCACAUCAUGUAGAAGUUAUCCUCCUUCAGGCAGCCGCGGCGGCGUCCAGCCACCUUCACCCAACAUGGUCAUAGGAGCAUCUUGCGGUGACUUGCUACUGUUGUCGCAAGGUGAACGCUACUAUAAGGGUCCAAACUCCCACUAUCUCUGUAAUCCAGUAACCAAACAGUGGCUCCAUCUCCCCGAUGUUUGGUUCGGAGACUUCUUGAUUGGGUUUGCAGUAGUACGCAUGCCGCCCACCCGUAACAGCUGUGGCAGUUAUGAAUACAAGGUGGUUUUCAUCCAUUUUCCCCACGAUCGUGGAGACAAUGAUUUUGCUCGGCUAGGGGACAGUUGGAAGUUUCAGAUGUCAAUUUAUUGUUCAAAAUCAAGAAAAUGGAAUGUUAAUUCAUGGUUUCGAUAUCCUGUACCCACUACCACCAAGACCCCUAGGCUUUUCAUCAACCCAAUCACUUGUAAUGGAACUAUUUAUUGGUUCAAUUGCGAUGUUGUUCCUGACUAUGUCAUUGCCUGUGAUUUGGCGAACAAUCCCCACUCUACUGCCUUUAUCGACCUUCCUGAAGGCUCUUUGGCUGGUGGUGGGAGUGUUGUUUCACUAGAGUUGGGUGCUGUCCAGGGGGAACUGAGAUUAUUCAACGUGUUCUGCCCGUCGUCGCGUGACCCGCAGCAGCCUCUUGAUCUCGUUGUUGUUAAAGUUUGGGAGUUGAAUCACAGAACCAAUUCUUGGACUCUCGUUCAUGACACAUGCUUCAAUGAUCGGCCGCCGCUUAAUGGCAUGCAAGUAGAAGAAGAAGAAGAAAACAAGUUCAACAUCCGUACGGUUGCUUUCCAUCCACACGAUGGGGACGUGGUCUUCUUGGUAUGCGGCUGUGGUGUUUUCCGGUAUCACAUAUCACGGGGUGUGUAUGAGAAAGUAGAUGAGCUCUGUAGUGUUUUCCGGUAUCACAUUACUCCACAAGGUGUGUAUGAGAAAGUCGACGAGCUCCUUCAUUCUGUGCCUCCAAACGAGCUUCUCACAUCAUUCACUCUCCUCCACUCUAUCUGGCCCAACACCAUGUUGCUCUCUCCUUCCGAAUAGAAUAUUAAUUGUUAUUACUCCCUCCGUCCCUAAUAACUUUGCCAAGUUUGACCGGCACGGGAAUUAAUAAAGUAAAAACUGUGUGGUUGAGGUUUGUGCAGAGGAGAGAGAAUUAACUGGAACCACAAAUUCUUUACUUAAAUGGGAAAGUGGCAAAGUUAUUGGGACAUCCAAAAAAGGAAAGUUGGCAAAGUUAUAAGGGACGGAGGGAGUACUAUAUUGUUAUUGCUCUCUCCUCCACUCUAUCUGGCCCAACACCAUGUUGCUCUCUCCUUCCGAAUAGAAUAUUAAUUGUUAUUACUAUAUUGGGACUAAGGCUUGGAUGUUGUUGUUGUUGUAUUACUAUAUUGUUAUUGUGCACACACUUACUAAUAGAAGAACAUUAUUGGUUGGGGAAUGUAAUCUUGACCAUGAGGCCGGGUUUUCAACAUUUGUCCUACAUUUUGAAAUUCUGUACCUUUUGUCCUUACAUUUGAUUGUUCCCCUCCCACUGCUCCUUUUUUCUUGUGCUCACUCAUUCUUUGUAUGUGAUUGCAUUAGACUAUGUCAUCUUAGACUUGUGCUGGCCGCUUGAAACAGGUCAUCCAUUGUAUGUCAUUUCAAUAAAAUAAAGUAUUCUAAUUGGAAUCCGA